AUGAUGAAAGAAACUCUCCAUUUCUUGAACGCGCGAGCUCAAAAGGAUCUCUCGUUUACAUUUGAAAUCUUAAUUGUCGAUGAUGGAUCUCAGGAUCAGACCGUAAAAGCUGCACUUGAAAUAGCGCAACAGGAACAGAAUAAGGACAUUCGGGUGUUGAGUUUUGAGAAGAACCGAGGCAAAGGAGGGGCUGUCAUUCAGGGUAUGCAAUACACACGUGGAGAAUACAUUUUGAUGGUAGAUGCAGAUGGCGCAACUCGAUUUUCAGACUUGGAGAAGCUGGAAGCUAAAUUGAAGGAAGUCGAGCGUAAUGGACUCGGUAUCGCUGUGGGAUCCAGAGCCCAUUUGGUCCAAACAGACGCUGUUGUUAAGCGUUCGUUUAUCCGCAACUUUUUGAUGCACUCAUUUCACAAAGUCGUUUAUGUGCUCGGUAUUCGUGGAAUUGAUGACACACAGUGUGGAUUCAAAUUGUUUACACGCAAGGCAGCGAACGCGAUUUUUCGAAACAUGCACGUGGAGGGUUGGAUCUUUGAUAUUGAAGUUUUAAUGAUUGCGCAAUACCUUCGAAUUCCAAUCGUGGAGGUCCCCGUUGCUUGGCAGGAAAUUGAUGGAUCCAAGGUCUCACUCAUGCGCGACUCUAUUCAGAUGGCAGUGGAUCUCUUGAUUAUCCGGAUGAGCUACAUUCUAGGCGUCUGGGCUGUGAAACCCCUGUCCCCCACCAAAGAUUAG